UUGACAUGCAUAUUCUCAUCCUCUGCUGCUUGUUGUUUGUCUGGUUGCUGUGUGUUCUGGCACUGGGCUGCACAGCUCACUCCAGCUAGCACUCCCCUCUUGGGGAGCCGUGUUUUGGAGAUGCCAUGUGAGGGCUGCAUGGAGUGGGACAACGUGAGCACUGGUGCAACCACGGAGUUCCUCCUGCUCGGCUUCUCCGAGCUGCUCCAUCUGCGAGUCCUGCUCUUCCUUACCUUUCUCACUGUCCAUUUGGUCACACUGGCAGGGAAUAUGAUGAUCUUCAUGGCGGUGGUGAUGGAGCCCUCACGUCCCCCCAUGCUCUUCUUCCUCGGCCAACUCUCUGCCGUGGAGCUCUGCUACACUUUAGUCAUCGCGCCCAAGGCGCUGCUCGGCCUGGCGGCGGGCGGCAGCGCCAUCUCCGCGCUGGGCUGUGCCGCACAGAUGCAGCUCUUCGUGGCCCUCGGCGGGGCCGAGUGCUUCCUGCUGGCAGCCAUGUCCUACGACCGCUACGUGGCCGUGUGCCAGCCCCUGCGCUACGCGGCCCUGAUGGGCGAGGGGCUGUGCCUCCGCCUGGCUCUGGCCUGCGCCCUGGGAGGCUUCGCCGUCGCCCUGGGCCUGACGGUGGCUGUGUUCCGCCUGCCUUUCUGUCAGCCCCGCCGCAUCGAGCACUUCUUCUGCGAUGUGCCUGCCGUGCUGCGCCUGGCCUGCGCGCAGGGCUACGCGGCCCAGCUGCCCGCGCUGGCGGCCUGCGUGCUCCUGCUGCUGCUCCCCUUCCUGCUAAUCCUGGCCUCGUACCUCUGCAUUGCUGUGGCUUUGUUAGGCGUCGCCUCCCCUGCGGGAAGGGGCAAGGCCUUUUCCACCUGCAUUUCACACCUGGCCGUCACCUUACUGCAUUACGGCUGUGCCACCUUCAUCUACAUUCGUCCCACGUCCAGUUACUCACCGGCUCGGGACAAGGUGGUGUCUCUGGUCUACACCAACAUUACUCCUUUAAUGUAUCCCCUCAUUUACAGCCUGAGGAACAAGGAAAUCAGAGGGAUCCUCAGGAAAAUGCUGAGAAGGAAGAAAAUAGGAAGCAACCAGGAGCAGAGGACAAAAACUAAUCAGGAGACCAAAGUGGAGCUGAAAAUUGAGGUGAAGCUCCUGCCAGCUGGCUUGUGCAACGUGCGCGCCGCGCUCGGGAGCCUGCGGGAGAGGCCCAUGCGCUGCCCGCAGCAGCCCGGGCACGGAGGCCGGAGCCGGCGGGGGCUGCGAGCCGGGCCCCCUCUCCGGCCAGCCCGGGGCUGA